AUGGACGACUUCACCACCGAGCUCCUGGCAGCCUCCCAGGACAACACUAGGAGCGAUUCCGAACCUGACACCGAGUCGAAGCCCGAGUCGAAGCCCACCCCAAAGCCCGACGAUGGCCCAUCGUUGAUGCCGUCGCCUCUGACCGGAUUGCGGGGCGGCCUUGCAACCAUCCGGGAGAAGGCCAGCAUCCAGGACCGCUUGGUAGAGAAACUCCUCCAGCAAGUCAUCCCGGCCGACCAAGAUGCUGGCGCCGACGGCACCGAUGAUGCGGCGCCCGCCUACGCGGAGCGACCCAACUUCAACAUCACCACAAUGUCCAACAACUUCCGCCGCUUCAACGCCCGCAUAGGCGUCGUCUUCAAGUUCCAGGUCCGCGUCGGGCACCUGCUGUCCUGGCAGAUCCCCUCCCGGACCAUGUCGCUGCUCGCCGUCUACACCUUCGUCUGCCUGGACCCGUACCUCAUCACCGUCCUGCCCAUCAUCGUCCUCCUGCUCGGCGUCUUCAUCCCCGGCUUCCUCGCCCGGCACCCGGCCCCUCCCAAGGGGACGCUCUCCAGCGAGCAGAACGUGGGGUACUCGCCGAGGGGUCCGCCGCUCGCCCCCGCGGCCACGGUGCGGCCCGUCAAGGAGCUCAGCAAGGACUUCUUCCGCAACAUGCGCGACCUGCAGAACUGCAUGGAGGACUUCAGCCAGGUCCACGACCAGGUCGUCGCCCUGCUGCUCCCCGUGACCAACUUCAGCAACGAGGCCCUCUCGUCGGCCGUCUUCACGUUCCUCACCGUGGGCGGCGUCUUCAUGACCGUCUCCGCCCACCUCAUGCCCUGGCGGCUCGUCUUCCUCGUCAUCGGCUGGGCCGUCGUCUGCAUGGGCCACCCGGCCGUGACCCGGCUCGUCGCGAGCUCGCACCAGGAGUACGUGCAGCCCCGCGAGAAGGAGGCCAGGUCCUGGCUGGACAACUGGGUCGCCACGGACGUCAUCCUCGACGAGGCCCCGGAGACCCGGGAGGUGGAGGUCUUCGAGCUGCAGCAGGUCUCCGACGCUGGUGAGUGGCACCCCUGGCUCUUCACCUCCUCGCCCUACGACCCCCUCUCCCAGGCCCGCAUCAACGGCGACCGGCCCCGGGGCACCCGCUUCUUCGAAGAUGUCCUCGCGCCCGAGGGGUGGGAGUGGAGCGAGAAGAAGUGGGCGCUGGAUCUCUGGAGCCGAGAAUGGGUGGAGGAGCGGAUCAUCACGGGGGUAGAGGUCGAGACGGAAGGCGAGAGAUGGGUCUAUGACAUGUACGAUGAAAGAGAGGAGCAAGUCGGCGUCGUCGAAGCCCCGAAAUCGGGAUCGAUGAGAGGUUUCCCCCAGACGAGCUGGGAGGAAGGUGAGGACGGGGGAGGGCGGAGAGGAAAAUGGAGGCGGAGAAGAUGGGUUCGACUCGUGAAGAGAAAAGCAGAGCCAGAGACGCCCGUUUAA